AUGACGGACAGACUCCCCUUGAAAGACACGUCAAAAAAGUUUGUAAACAACAUCCAACCGGCUCCUAGUUCUUUUAAUGUUCUUACAAAAUCAAAGCCAACUCUGGUGUUUGUCAAACCAAAGGAUCCUCCUCAGCCAGCUCUACAAUCACCAAUAGUGCAUGCCCAUAAGCUGACUUCAGGCGAUGCCAUUCCCAAACUGAUGGGUACUUCCACUCCAAAGAAAGAUGGGUAUGUUCCUUGUUUGCAGCCAACCUCUCAACUCUUAGCAACCAAUAAAGCUCAGCAGCUGGAUAACCAGCAAUUGCAACAGCAACAGCAACAACAGCAACAACAGCAAGUCCAGGUGACUACCAAGAAAAUGACAGGUAAUGAAUUAUACAAGUGGCAGCAAACAUGGAGAGAAAUAUUGCCUAAAUCGUUCAUUUACUUUGAGCAUGACGAUUCAAAUGAUCGUGAAAAGAAAAAGGCAAUGUUGGCAUUGAAGAAAUUGGGUGCCUCGAUUGAACCUUUUUUUGGUGAAAAUGUCACAAUUAUUGUUUCAAGGAGAAAUUUUGAUAAAAAUUCCCAUUAUCCCAAUGGUGAUAUUUUCAGGUAUGCUAUUAAGAAGCAACUGAAGGUAUGGACUAUUGAAAAAGUUUUCAGGUUUUUAAAUCAUUUAGGUGAAGAAAUUUUGAAUACCGAUGAAUAUGAAGAACUAUCAAAUAUAUCAAAUUCGAACUCUAACUCAAUUUCCAUUAGCAAUUCAAACAGCCAAGCAGUUAACAAUUACAGUAACAACAAUCUCAAUAAUAAUAAUAAUAAUAAUAAUAAUAAUAACUUGACUAACUUAUUGCUGAAGGAACGUCUCUUUGGUCCUAGUGACUGUGAUCCAAGCGUCAGAAGAAACGAUUUUAAAUAUUUUACGGGGUUUUAUAUGUACAUAUGGGACUUGACUCAUAAAACGAGACCUGUUGCUGUUAGAGAAUGGAAAGAUAAAACAUCGAUUCCAAAAAUUCACCACUCAACAAACGGUAAGUCUUUAUUCAUACCUGAAACCAAACCACAGAACCCAAUAGGUAUAUUGAAAAGACACCAGAGAAGAAUCCAGUGUCUGGAAGAUUCUCAUAAUUUCAGGCAAGAAAUCAUAGACUCUUGUUAUGAAACUGCGAGAUAUAGUAGCAUCAAAAUUAGGAUUCCAACCUAUGAGGAGAGAGAAAUGUAUAAAAGGCAAUGGGAAGGAUCUUAUUAUAAGUUUCUCGAAGAACAUCCCGUUGAAAAGCUAAAGCUAGUAUAUAACAACUUAUCAAAUGAAGAAAAGAAGCCAUUUGCUAAAAUCUUUGAUCCUUUCUAUGAACUAGAGAACAUUGUUGAUACGCAAUCUACUCAAAUAGUCAACGGUGGAGAAACUAAUGAGACGAACGGCAGGAAACUAUGUGAUUAUGAGGAGUUAAUUGAAGACUUUGAUGAAGAGAAUUUUGCAAGACUAGGCUCAGAUGAUAAAGUGCAGUGUCUAGGCCAGAGAGCGGUUGAACAAAAUGACAGGGACUUACAAAUCCUAAAACGUAUUCCAAAGCUAAUAAGAAAAGACACUUUAAUGAAUCCCUCCAAUAGUGGUGCAACUGAUUGUAAGUUAAGGGAGUAUGGUGAAAUUACAGCUUCUGGUAUUCAAGCUUCUGGUAUCAAUCCCAGCGGUUCGUAUUCUCAUGGUACGAAUGUAACAUAUGGUAAUGGUUUGGCGCCAAGUAAAUCUCAUGUCAUUAAUAAAGCAUUGACCAAUGAAACCAAAAGGAUUAUUGUUUUAGAUCCAGCUAAUCAUUCAAAGGAAACGAAAAGAAAACAGCAAAAGCAACAAGCUGAGAAAGAACAAUUGGAACGGCAAGAUAAGGAUGCCAUUGAAGAGCUCAUUGAUCAACUACCUGAAGAAGAAUGUGCUGAUGACACGACAAAUGGUAAAAACUCAAUAAAUGAUGAUCAACUUGCUGCAUUACGGUCUGUGGAGACUGCUAAUAAUCCAUUUGUUAGUGACGGAUUUCCUAAUAAAAGAAUAAAGCUUUCACGUGGUACCUCAACUACUAAAACCAAAAAGGUGAAAGUACCAGCGAAGGAGCUUCAAGUUGAGAAGAGCAGAAUCAAUCUAGGAAUUUUCAAGGAGCCAAAACAAGAGAAGAAUAAGCAUGAGCUAAAGCCUGGAUAUUGUGAAAAUUGCCGGGUUAAAUAUUCAGACUUCUCCGAGCAUGUAGACUCUAAAAAGCACAGAUCAUUUGCUGAAGAUGCUUCGAAUUUUCUUCAAAUUGAUGAAUUAAUCAAAGUCCUAAGAGCAGAUUCUAACUAG